GCUCCCCCUGCUGGUUGAGGUCUGUACGUCCAUGGCAAUUUGUUAUUCACGGUCAUCAUGGCGUUAGCAGCGGCAGCCAAGCGUUGUGUAUCCACUGUGCUUUUCAACAGAUCAGUAUCAUUACCAGAGCUCAGAUCAGCCUGCUCGUAUCACAAAAAGGUCGUGGACCACUACGAGAACCCCCGAAAUGUUGGUUCCUUGGACAAGAAUGCCAAGAAUGUGGGCACUGGUCUGGUAGGUGCACCUGCAUGUGGGGAUGUAAUGAAACUACAGAUUCAGGUGGAUGAGAAUGGAAAGAUAGUUGAUGCCCGAUUCAAAACAUUUGGGUGUGGAUCAGCCAUUGCCUCCAGCUCUUUGGCCACAGAGUGGGUGAAGGGGAAAUCGAUUGAUGAAGCCCUUAAAAUCAAAAACACAGAUAUUGCCAAAGAACUUUGUCUUCCACCAGUCAAACUGCAUUGCUCUAUGCUCGCAGAGGAUGCCAUCAAGGCUGCAUUAGCAGACUACAGAGUUAAACAGAAGGACGACAAGGAGAUGUUGGCAGAAGCUAGAAAUUAAUGUCCUCAUUUACAGACGCGUCACUGUCACCCUCUCUCAUCAUGACUCUGAAACCUUGUGUAGUUUAUUUCCUUACUGAGGCUGUAAUAAACAUAAUAGCCAUUAAGAAUAAAUGUCUAUCAUUCCUACUAUAUGCACACUGCCUUAGGGUUGCCUGUUUGAAGUUGUUUUGAAGUGGUUGGCAUUGACAGACUGUGAAGAUAAUUUGGAUAAAGGUUUUUCCUCCGCUGUAACUUUGAAUCACGCACAUAAACUCUUAUGUUCCUGAAGAUCCCUUACUCUGAAGGGGAAUGUUCUCUGAUGUUAAAUGCAUUUUACCACAAUGAUUGUAAAGUUGUUGUAUUAAAUGCAGUGUCAGAAAGAUGUAUGAUAUAAAACGUAUAUUUGUUAAGAGUUUUUUCCCCCUAGGGGGCUCAUUGUUGUUUUGGCAGCAGUUUGUGACUGAAAAGUCACACCAAAAAAGCCUAUGCUGAAAUUAUAAAGAGCAGAGUGAUACCAUGACACAAAUGCCUGGAUUUUGAUGCUGUAUUAUUUUCUUUGCAAAGACAAUAAAGCCAUAAAUAUU